AUGAACAAUGUUAAAUACGUUGGGUACAACAAGAUCAAUCUCAUACCAAGAUCUGAUGUACGUUACGUAGGCAUACUUAACAGUGUCAACUUUGUAGGCUCGACCAUAUCUCUUAAGCAAGUUAUGAGUAAUAAUCGUUUAGUACUAAACAAUAACCCCCUUCCUAGAAGAGGCAGUUAUCUUAUCCAACAAAAUCAUAGAGUUCGUGGCAAUAGAAGAAACUAUAAUCAAAGUUAUGAUUGUAACAGAAUUCAAUCAAAAUUUGAUUUUGAACCGUCAAAUGCCAAGUCCAACAAAGAUGACCUUGUCAAAGUGGUUGUCAAGAUUACUCCUAACCAUAAUCUUCAAGAUGAAAAUUUUGUAGAUAGCACUAAACUUGGUCCAGAAAAAAAGGAUGAUGUUUUGAUACUACUCGCUAAAACCUAUUAUAAUAAGACCAAAUCUUUCUUCGCAACAUUUUUUGUAAAAUAA